AUGUUUGAAACCUACUUGAAGGACUAUCAUCCGACUGAAGUAAAGAGGGAGCAGAAGGAACAGGAUGCAUUAGAGUCUGAAACGUGUCCAGGAGUAGGGCUAGCAAUAUCCAAGAAGCCGGCAUCACCUUCUCAGCCACUCUCCAGCAUCAUAUCAAAACACAGAUGUCCUUCUUUUUUGCACCAUUUGAGGGUGUAUCUUAAUCGCUUUCUUCCCAGAGGGGAAGCCAUAUCACGCAUUCAGCUCUCUCAUGCAUGCUUACCCUUCCAUCAACUGGAUGUCUGGCAUACCUUUAAAUUUUCAUUGGACACUCUUGGUAAUGAUGUAGAUGGCCAGGAGGAGAUAGAUUCAGUUAGGGCUAAGCCAGGGAAAGGCAGAGCUGAGGAUGUGGGAGAUGGGAGAUUUGAUGUUGUAGUUGUUGCUCAGUCAGAUGAAGCUGAGUCCACUGGACUUCAUGGUAUGAAAGUUGGAAGGCUAAAAGUCAUUUUUCGCCUUCCAAACUCUAUUUAA